AUGGGCAGCAUGACACAACUUCUCCUUUUGCUGUUUGCAGGUGAGUUCUUAACUAUCUUUUACAAAUCUGCUGCUCAGUUUUUGCUUGUUAUUCAUUGCUGUACAGUUUUCUUAAAGGGAUAUGUAAAUUUAAGUUAUGUUCAUACACAACGUAACACUGAGUUAGACACCCUCUCGAGAGAUGAAUGUUGUCGACUGCUUGCUUCUCUAGUUAUACCAACUUCUGCAAUGACCGCACGAUAGCAAUACACAGCGGUCAAUGUCUCCACGCGCAAACCUCAACCAAAUAGCCACUCUAUAGCCACAAAUAAUGCUCAAAACAGCACCUAACUUCAUCAACAGUACAUAUAGGGUCCCAGCCACAGUACUAACCACCGAACAUCUUUUUAAUUUUGCCUAAUUUCUUUAGCAAAGAGACUAAACACAACUCACCCACUCUCCUCCAGUAGCCACUUGUUUGUGGGGGAGCCCUGAUGAGUCGAUCACUGAACAUAACUUAAAUCUACAGAAUAUCCCCUUAAAUACACAGACUCAAAUGAGUCAAAUCUCUAAGCCUAGGCUGAACUAUGGGGUAACAAGGUUGACUUUGAGACUUAUUCCAUGUUUUAGUAAACCUACAGACUUGCCUGUCUUCUUAAUAUCAUGUCAUUAGAUUCUUAUUAGGAAACUUUUCUUAAGGUUAAAUUGAUGCAACUCUAAACUUCACCUGUCUCUAAUGUAAGGCUGCCUCAAAUUAAGGCCUGUUACCUUGGGCAGUAAAAGCAAUUGAAAGAUCAGGCCUGUAUUUGAGGAUUUACAGGGAAGGACACCUGGUUUCUCUUUUAGGCCUCACAGUGAGCUCAGCUGAGAAUCUGGAGAAGAGGAUUGUUGGAGGUGCAAUGUGUGGAAAUAAUGAGCGUCAGUACCAUGUGAAAAUUGUUGAUAAACAUGACAAUUUCAUUUGUGGAGGCUCUCUGAUCAGUGAAAAUUGGGUUCUGACUGCAGCUCACUGCUGGGAGAAGUAAGACAGUGUAACUUAUUUCAGAUUAAUUGACAUAUAUGUUAAGCUUAUACUUACUAAAUGUUUUCUGAUGAUAUGAUUUAUACUUAAACCUCUCCUUAUUUUCAGAGGAAUAAAAGCAGUUUUAGGUUUGCAUCCUGAUCCAAAUCAAGCACAAACUGUGAAAAACAAAUCACACAAGAUCUUCAAGGUACCGUAUUUUCAAGAAGCAGCACGACAUCAUGCUGCUGAAGCUAGAGAACGCCAUAUGUACAAUUCCACCUGUGCCACUUCCCGACUGUAACAAUCGACCUGCUGUGUGAGUUUUUAUCUUUUUUUCUGUCAGAAGAGUAAGAAACUGUACAGUCCUGGUGAACGAGAUAUUUUAGAAUGACCUUGAAAAGGAAAAUCAUUAGAUAUAGAAAACGUUGUGGUUUUUUUUCCUUUAACCUCUUCAUAUUUUGUUGUGAAUGACAAAAAUAAUCAACAGUUCCUUUUAUUGCUUUUUUAUGUUUCAGCGGUGCCAUGGUUCAGGUUGCAGGUUAUGCAUCAACACAGAUGGGUCCCAACAAUGAGAGACGUGAGAUGACUCAUUUGUUUGAUUUACACAAUUAGUUCAGUUUAUCUCAGUUAUACUACUUUUGCAUAUAUAACAUGAGAUGGCUUAACCCAAAGACUUCUUCAUUUCUUUUACUAUCCAGUUAAUGAUGUAUCCCCUACACUCCAGUGUGUUGACCUUCAAAUUAGAGAUGAAACAAACACUAAAACAUGUAUGCUGGCCAGUGGAUCAAGAAGUGUAAGAAAUAAGGCUAAAGAGAACUGGGCACUUUACAGAACUGCUGGAAGGGACACAUCUCCAGUAAGAAACAACCUCUUAUCUCUAAUAGUUAUCUCGAAUCAUCACAUUUUACCAUCUAAAGACAAAAGGUGUUUGAUUAAAAUAAGUUAAAAAAAAAACAAUAUCCAUUUCUGUCACAGGGUGACUCUGGUGGUGGGGUUGUGUUCAACGGCAUGAUCUAUGGAGUCCAUGUUUUCUCUUUCGAUGGUGACUAUGCAUGUGUUGCGCCAGCUGGAUUCAUGCAGGUCUGUGAAUACAGGGCCUGGAUUGAAGAGACGGCUAACGUGGUAUUUCCUUAA